AUGGAUGAACUAAAUGUAAAACAAAGAAUUAAAAGCAUUUUAAUUGAAAUACACCAAAAUUGCAUUGGUUUAAAGAUAGGAGAUGUUAAUAGUAAAACAUAUAUUAGGAUUCUAUUACAACAUUUGUUAACGCUCAUUAAAUCGCCGAUAUCACAUCCAAGACAUAGGAGAAGAGCACAAUUGAUUUUAGUCUCAAUAAUUUUUAUAGUUGUUGGAUCUAUCUCAACUGUUUCUUAUGUUGGAUCUAAUUUAAUAUCUAAAUUUAUUCAUUUUUAUAAGUAUUCUUCAGAGAAUCAAAUGAGAAAUAAAAGUUUGAAUUUAUUUAGAAGAAGUAGAUCUCAAAUGAAUUUGAAAACUGGUGCUAGAAUAAUGUAUAUUAAAGAAGACUAUUCUUACAAUAACAAUAACAACAACAAUAAUAAUAAUAAAAGUAAUAGUAAUAAAAAAAGAUCAGAAUUUGAAUCAUUAAUAAAAACUAACCAUAACAGAAAAAAUAUGAUACAUAACAAAGAUAUUACUUUUCAUAGUCAUUACAGCAAUAAUGAUGCUUCUACCUAUGAUAAAAAGAAAAGUAUUAAAAAGAAAAAAAUUUAUAUCCCUCCAAAGAAUAAUGAUCUUUAUGAGCACGAUAAAUUUAUAUUUAAAAGUGUGGACAUAGGAAAGACAAAAUCUUCUUUAUUCUAUUCGAAAUUUUUAAAUCAAAUUAACGUUAUAUCUAAAAUCUUAAUACCUUCAAUCUUUGAUAAAAAUUCUUUUUUAUUAAGUUUACAAAUAUUUUUUCUAAUUAUGAGAACCUGGUUAUCUUUAUUUGUCGCAAGGUUAGAUGGUCAAAUUGUAAGAGAUAUUAUUUCAGGCCAAAGUAAAAAAUUCCUUAUUGAUUUACUAAUAUGGUUCUUAAUCGCUUUACCAGCUUCAUAUACUAAUAGUGCUAUAAAAUUUCUACAACGAAAAUUAAGUCUUAAUUUUAAAGUCAAAUUGACAAGAUAUAUCCAUGAUAUGUAUCUUGAUGAUAGAUUGGCUUUUUAUAAGUUAUUAUUCGAUUCUAAAUCAACAAGUUCUGUUUUGAAAAAUAUCGACAAUUCAAUAUCCAAUGAUAUAACAAGAUUCUGCGAUGCAACUUGCUCAGUGUUUGCUAAUAUUACUAAACCUGUGAUUGAUCUGAUAUUUUUCUCCAUUUAUUUAAGAGAUAAUUUGGGCACAGUCGGUGUAGCCGGUAUCUUCAUCAACUAUUUUAUAACUGGAUAUGUAUUAAGGUCUUAUACACCUCCAUUGGGUAAAUUAACCAGUGAGAGUUCUGCUGCAGAUGGUAAUUAUUAUAAUUAUCAUGUUAACAUGAUAAAUAAUAGUGAGGAAAUAUCCUUUUAUCAAGGCACAGAAGUGGAAAGAGCUAAAAUCAAACAAUUAUAUGAAACAUUAAUGGACAAAAUGUUGAUUGUAAGUAAGAGAAAAUUCAAUUAUAAUAUGAUUGAAGAUUACAUUCUUAAAUAUACUUGGUCCGGUUUAGGUUACAUCUUUGCGUCUAUACCAAUUAUAAUGUCUUCUUUUACAUUAAGUAAAACAAAGUCAAAUGAACAAAAUAAUAUGAAAGAUUUUAUUGUCAAUAAAAGAUUGAUGCUUUCUUUAGCUGAUGCCGGUUCUAGAUUAAUGCAUUCAAUAAAGGAUAUAUCUCAAUUGACCGGGUAUACCAAUAGAAUUUUUACCCUAUUAUGUGCUUUACAUAGAGUUCAUUCGGAACAUUUCAGUUAUGGCGCUACUAAAGAACUAAUACAAUUAGUAAACAAUGGUGAAACAACCACUUCAUUGCUCAAGUAUAUUAAGCAUGAAAAAGAAGAUAUUAUUGCAGGUACAGUGCAGCAUAAUUUUAAUGGUAUCAGAUUAGAAAAUAUUGAUAUUAUCAUUCCAUCACUAAGAGGUAAGCAUGGAAUAAAAUUAAUUAAAAAAUUAAGUUUCCAAAUUCCACCUCAUAUUGACCCUGUAUCAUCAAAAGCACCGUCUAUUCAAGAUUUAGUAGCCAUGAACGAUAUUACUUUACCAUUCCUCGACGCAGACAAUUCUAGUUUAUUAAUAUUGGGUCCUAAUAGUUGUGGGAAGAGUUCUAUUGCAAGAGUCAUUGCAGGUAUUUGGCCCAUAUAUAAUAAAUAUGGUCUACUGUCAAGACCCGAUGAAAAAUCAUUAAUUUGUAUUCCACAAAAACCAUAUUUUUCAAGAGGAGGUACCUUUAGAGAACAAAUCAUAUAUCCUAUGUCCUCAGAUGAUUUCUUCGACAAGGGCUUCAAUGACAGAAUAUUAGUUUGGGUUUUAAAGGAGGUUCGUUUAGAUUAUCUUUUAAAAAGGGAGAGAGGUUGGAAGUACUUAGAUACUGUAGCAGAUUGGAAAGAUGUGUUAAGUGGUGGAGAAAAACAAAGAAUGAAUUUUGCCAGAAUUAUGUUCCAUAAACCGAAAUUUAUUAUAUUGGAUGAGGCUACAAAUGCUAUAAGUGUUGACAUGGAGGAUUAUUUGUUUAAUAUGUUAAAAAGGUAUCGUUUUAAUUUCAUAUCUAUUUCCCAAAGGCCCUCACUGAUUAAAUACCACGAUUUACUAUUAGAAGUUUCUGGUAAUGAGGGUAAAUGGGAAUUGAAGACACUCGGUACAGAUGAAGCAAUAACAUCCAUUGAUAAUGAAAUAGAGGUUUUGGAGAAGAAGCUGCAUAAUGUUGAACAAUGGAAACAAGAAAGAGAUCAUUUACAACAAAUAUUAACUGUUAUAUAA